AUGCCGUUAGUGAAUCACGUUGAGCCGUACAUACCCGGUACGAUUCCAUUUAGCCAGUAUAUGGAGCAGAUGAACUGGAUUUUCAUCGACAACAAGAUGACGGAUGCGAAUGAACAGAAGGCAUCGUUUCUGGCGGCAUGCGGAAAGGACGUUUAUAGCGAGUUGAAGUUUCUGUUUCCUGGAAAGGAUUUGAAAUUGGUGUCGUUUAAGGAGAUUACCGAUGCGUUGAAGAAGCGAUACGACAAAACUGAAAGCGACAUGAUCCAGCGUUACAAGUUUUAUCAACGAAUGCAAGGUUCUACCGAAAGUGCGGAGGAUUUCAUUCUCGCGGCUUGUGUUGUGUGUGGCAUUCGCGACCCGGAUGUUCAACAACGUUUGUUUGAUGAGGAAGGUCUGACGCUAGCCAAGGCGGAGAAGAUCAUCAUCAACAGGGAGCUAGCUGGAGUGAAUCGAAAGCUGGUUUCUCGUAAGUCCGGUCGAGUGAGUGUGUUGAACAGGCUUGGAGCCGUAGUCGUUCUGGUUCAUUUGAUCGUGAACAUCGUUCUUCAUCCCGAUCGCAGAAGUUUCACUGCAGUUACUGUGGCAGAGAUGGUCACACACGUCGUUUCUGCUAUGACUAUGAAGGAUAAGGUGAAGAAAUCUGUGAAGUUUGUGGAUUCUCCAGCAGCAAAGCCAAAGUUGACAGAGUACCAGAAGAGUUUGCGUCGUCGGCUGAACAGAUCUAUCUCGGAUGAUGAUAAGAUGGAUUGUAUGUUGAUCUCUUCCAUCGGAAAAAUCAACGAACCGUGUUUCCGUACAGUUUUGGUUGAAGGAGUACGAGUAGAUAUGGAGAUAGAUUGUGGAGCUGCAGUUUCCGUCGUCAGUAGAGAGACGUACGAGGGAGAAUUCGCUGAUAUUCCGUUGCAGAAGUGUACGAAGAAGUUGGCAGUGAUCAAUGGAAGUCGUUUGGUUGUUGAAGGACAGAUUCCGGUAACGGUUGAGCUUAACGUACGACGAAAGGUCGUUAAUCUGGUUGUUCUACGCUGUGGAAGCUCGUUUACACCGUUGUUAGGACGAGAUUGGUUGGAUAUCUUCUUCCCUGAAUGGAGGAAAACGUUUGGCAGUGGUGCUAACCUGAACCAGCUGUCUUUGCCGACUUCAGAGGAACGUGUCGUGGAAGAUAUCAAAAGUUUUGAGGCAGAUCUAGUGUUGAAAAAAGGAGCAGCACCGAUUUUCAAGCGUGCCUAUGACGUUCCAUUACGUUUAAAAGACAAAGUAGUCGAACAUUUAGAGAGUUUAGAGAAAGAUGGCGUCAUAACACCGAUCGAUGCAAGUGAGUGGGCAUCACCGGUGAUUGUUGUAGUGAAGAAGGAUGGCGGAAUCAGGAUGGUGAUCGACUGUAAGGUUUCGAUCAACAAGGUGAUCAUUCCAAACACCUAUCCGCUGCCGUUGGCACAAGAUAUGUUUGCUUCACUAGCUGGUGCUAAAGUGUUUUGUUCCUUGGAUCUGACCGGAGCGUAUACACAGUUGUUGUUGUCGGAAAAGUCGAGAAAAAUUAUGGUGCUUCUUCAAGUGCUGCUAUAUUUCAGCGAGUCAUGGAUCAAGUUUUGA